AUGACUCCUCACUAUUCUUUCAAUUUGCAAUUCUUCCACCCUGAAGACGAAAAUUGCUUGCAUUUCCAGGGACUUACGUCAUUUUUAUCUUUAACUAUUGAGCUUUGUACUCUUAAAGUCAACUAUAAGACCAUUCUCGAGCUUCGAAAAGAGAAGAGUAGAGAUGCAGCAAGAUCUCGCCGUGGUAAAGAGAACUAUGAAUUCUACGAAUUGGCGAAGAUGCUGCCUCUACCGGCUGCUAUUACCAGCCAGCUGGACAAAGCCUCCAUCAUUAGGCUCACUAUUAGCUACCUAAAGCUUCGUGAUUUCUCAGGACACGGUGACCCUCCAUGGAGUCGGGAUACGCCGCCUACCAGCAAAGCUCUAAAAGGACCAAAUUGGUUUGCUGAGGUUCGAACAAUCGAGCUUGGUUUAAAAUCACAUGCAUUACCAACCAACCAAUACGGUGCUCAAAACAGACGGACAGGCCUCGGCCUGGCGAUGGACCUCUUUGAGCAGCAUCAGGGCACACACAUACUCCAGUCCCUCGACGGCUUUGCAUUAUCUGUAGCAGCUGAUGGAAGGUUCCUGUACAUAUCUGAAACUGUUUCAAUAUAUUUAGGAUUAUCACAGGUAGAGAUGACGGGCAGUAGCAUAUUCGAUUACAUUCAUCAAGCUGACCAUGCAGAAAUGGCUGAACAACUAGGGCUGUCACUCGCAGGCCGAGGCGGUGCAGGGCUAAACAGCCCAGCAUCAGGCAGUGAAGAGGGCAGUCAACAUGGAACUAAUAACCCUGACGUGUCAGCACAAAUGACGUUAGCAGCAAGUGGAUCAUUGUACAGAGGAAUGGAUAGAGCUUUCUGCAUCAGAAUGAAGAGUACGCUCACAAAACGGGGUUGUCAUUUCAAGUCGUCAGGAUAUAGGGUGGUGCUAAUGCUCUGUAGACUACGGCCGCAAUAUACGUUCUCCCACAGUCGGAAGACACCACCCUCUCUUCUAGGAAUGGUGGCGUUAGCUAUCGCUCUGCCACCACCCUCCGUUCAUGAGAUACGACUGGAGUCCGACAUGUUUGUUACAAGAAUCAAUUUCGACUUCCGAAUAGCGCAUUGCGAACCCAGCAGGGUUCAGGAGUUACUGGGCUAUACGGCAGAGGAGCUUACGGGGAAGAACCUGUAUGCUCUAUGUCAUGGUGAAGACGCCAAUAAACUUAGGAAAUGCCAUGUAGAUUUAAUGAACAAAGGUCAAGUGCUUACCCACUACUAUAGAAUAAUGAAUAAACUGGGCGGUUACACCUGGAUGCAGACUUGUGCGACGGUUGUUUGCUCCUCUAAAAAUGCAGAAGAGCAGAAUAUUAUUUGCGUCAAUUAUGUUAUCAGUGGACGAGAAUACCCGAAUACAGUAAUGGACUGCUGCCAGUUAGAAGAAAGCGUACAAGGUGUUAAAAGGGAAGAGUCUACUGGGGAUCCUGAAAAUGGUCCCCCAGAUGCAGAUGCGCCCGGUGCCCCACCUCCCUCAGCAAGACACGCAACGGAAAGAACAGAACCCCCGUCUAAUAACGAUUCUGCCGCAAAUGCACCACCUACGUCAGAUGUAACUCAUCUUACCAGACUGAGCGACUCACAACCUGUACCUCUUCACACUACUCCAGAAAGAACUUCCCCUAUGCCAGCACGAAGACUGAAAAAACGUAAACACACAACAGAGGAAGAUGAAGAUAGAGAGGAGGAAAGACGAAAAAGCUCGUCAAAUCCGGGUACUGCAAUAUCCCCAGUAGAACGUGACAUGUCAAAAACAAUAUCUAUGCCAGAAAGUACGGACGCGACUUCAGUCAGAGAUUUGGAGAAUGCCAUGUCAAAACAUUUGCCUUCUGUGGGUUUAGACAAAGAAAUUUCUCACAGGCCGACGGAUUUCUCAACGGAUGCUUUACUGAAGCAACAACAGCAGAAAUCUACCAUACAGUGGAUAGGCACGCAAAAUCACGCCUUAAAUCAUUUGAAUAGACAAAUUCCCGGAAACCAUUCAUCAACACCCGCAUCGGCGCUGCUGAGGCAGUUGUAUGCUAAUCGGGAAAGUGUUAUUAGAAGUAAUUUCCUGGGAGAUGCGAGGUCAGGAGGAUAUUACUCGGGAGACGGCCAGACUGGACCUUUACCCACGCCUCCUGGCAGUGAAGGUUCUGGCUAUAGCGAACAAUUAGGCCACAAAGGCACAGAUAUCGGGUCACUAGCGUAUGGCUACGCGGACUACCAUUCAGCAAUGACCCCGCCUGGCUCGGUUUCUCCGAGAGAUAAACAACAAUACGCUCUGCCAUAUGAUAAUAACGCUUAUUCAGAGGCAUUAAGGCACUCCUAUUUAGGAGACACGCCAUUGCCUUUAAAACCCCAGGCGUAUUCCGCGGUCCCAGGUGCGUUGGACUAUGCGUCAUCGCUAGACCAGUCACAAUUUUUCCAUCCAGCGCCAUCGUUCCAUCUCUAUCACCCGCAGGCGCAUUCGCAUCCGUCUCACUCACACCAACCCGUAGAUAAGUCCGCUCCACCAAAUACUAAUUGGUAUUCAACGAGUUCAUAG